CAGAUCAGGCCAGCAACAUCUGCGCCUUAAAUCCACAGUAAAGCUGCUCCCGUUUACUGCAAACCAUCUUACUGAGUCACAUGAGUGGGCUUGAGUGUUUAUAGAUUCAUAGUUGAUCGCAGGUCAGUGUGUCGGGCUCGCGCGUGAUCAGGCGCAGGUAAUUCCCGCGCUAAGAACAGACCGGAGCUUGACGGUGAUCCCGCGAGUGGGAUUUGUCAGAGGGCUCGAACGGUGUGUUGCGUCCCGCACGUUCAGCUUACAUGUCAGUGCUUGUGUCGGGACCGGUGAGCGGUGUCUUUCCCCUCUCUCACACAGUCUCGGUUUCCCGGUAUACGGUGUGGUGAUGGGGAACGCGUCCGGUAUGACUGUAGAGGAGCUGAGCGCGUGCGAGUCCCAUCAGUGGUACCGAAAGUUCAUGACGGAGUGUCCGUCCGGUCAGCUCACCUUCUACGAGUUCAAGAAGUUUUUCGGUUUGAAGAAUCUGUCGGACUCAUCAAACGCGUACGUCAAGACCAUGUUCUCCACAUUCGACAUAAACAACGACGGGUUUAUUGAUUUCAUGGAGUAUGUCGCUGCUCUCAGUCUGGUGUUGAAAGGGGGUGUUCAACAGAAACUGCGCUGGUACUUCAAACUGUACGACGUGGAUGGCAGCGGAUGUAUCGACCGAGAAGAACUGCUGCUAAUAUUCAAGGCGAUUCGCGCCAUUAACGGAAUCCAGCAGGAGAUGUCCGCGGAAGAUUUCACCAACAUGGUGUUUGACAAGAUCGAUCUGAAUGGAGACGGUCAGCUGUCUCUGGAGGAGUUUAUGGACGGUAUUCAGGGAGACGAAAUGCUGUUGGAGAUGCUGACCCAGAGUUUGGAUCUGUCUCAUGUCGUCAAUAAAAUCUACAACGAGAUCAACUCCGAAUAACAGAUGGACAAACACAGUGAGGAUCAGGACGACUAAGACUUAUGAUUUAUCCUCGAGUGAAGCAACACAUCACCUCAUGUGUUCAUCUCAGCUGAUUAUUCUCAUACACUUUAAGUAUUAAUGCAGUAAUGGACUAGAGCAACACGGUAUUUAAGUGCACUUAAAGAUGUCAUCACUGUGGUCAUCUAUUCAAUGGCACCUGUAAAACAAUAAGAGCUGUUCAGCUCUGUGAUGUAUAUUUGUGGAACUGUUAUUUAUAUAAAAACUGUUUAAUUAGAUAUUCCUCAUGAUAUUAUAUUAUGUUCAGCAGGGUAGUUUUGUAAUGUUACUGUAAUUUUACACUUCCCUUUUCAAAAUAAAA